AUGAAAAUGAGAAGCCUUCUACUUGGUCUUUUAUUUUUGAUUCGUUUCUCUCCAUUAUUUGCCGACACAUUUAGCCCUUCUUUGAGCGACGAUGUUCUGGGCUUGAUUGUCUUCAAGUCUGAUAUUAAAGAUCCCGCUGACAAAUUACGUUCUUGGAUCGAAGAUGACGCCAGCGCGUGUUAUUGGACUGGGGUAACCUGUAACAGUAAAUCCAGUAGAGUCUCUCAACUCAAUCUCACAGACUUUGGCCUCUCUGGAAAAUUAGGCAGAGGGCUCCUAAAACUGAAGUUUCUUUCAAAACUUCUCCUCUCGAGAAAUAAUUUUACCGGUAGUUUGAGCCCCAACUUUUCUGAGCUUUCUAAUUUGACGGUUUUGGAUUUGAGUGAAAAUGGCUUUUCCGGGUCUAUUCCAGAUGAGCUGUUCGAGCAAUGUGGGACUUUGAGAUCUAUUUCCUUGGCCAGAAACAAGCUAUCGGGCCCUAUUCCGGUGACUUUAGCCUAUUGCUCGUCUCUUGUUUCUGUCGAUUUCUCGGGCAAUCAAUUUUCCGGGUCUGUGCCUUUGGGUCUUUGGUCAUUAUCUGGGCUCAGGUCACUCGAUUUGUCUGACAACAUGCUGGAGGGCGAGAUCCCUGAGGGCAUUCACAGUUUGAAAUACUUGAGGGCUUUAAGUUUGAGAAACAAUAGGCUUAGCGGUAAGGUGCCUGAUGGAAUCGGGAAUUGUUUGUUGUUGAGGUCAAUUGAUUUGAGCUUCAAUUCGUUUUCUGGAGGGAUUCCUAGCAAUUUGCAGAAGCUUUCUUUCUGCAGAGUCUUAGUUUUAGGUGGAAAUGGUUUUACAGGAAAUGUGCCCAAAUGGAUAGGGGAAAUGAGAAGCCUUGAGGCACUCGAUCUCUCCAAAAAUAACUUUAGCGGCCAAGUUCCAGAUUCUUUCGGAAAGCUGAGAUCUUUGAAGUUUUUAAAUGUAUCCAAGAAUGCCCUUAGUGGAAGCUUGCCCGAUUCUCUGAGCAAAUGUGAGAAUCUUUUAACUUUUGAUGUAAGUCACAAUUCCUUGACUGGCAAUUUUCCUUCAUGGGUGUUCAAAAUGGGUCUUCAGCAAGUUGUAUUUUCAGACAACGGAUUAAAUGGGAGCUUUGCAAAUGCUCUGGCUUCGUCGAGUGAAAUUGCGCGCAAACAGCUUUUGUAUUUGGAUGUUUCCCAAAAUAAGCUGUGGAGUGAAAUCCCAUCUGUUGUUGGGGAUUUCAAGAGCUUGCAGUUCUUGAAUAUGGCAAGGAAUUCGUUCACAGGCGGGAUUCCUAAAGCUAUCUGGCAGCUGAAGAGCUUAAAAUAUCUUGAUUUGAGCAAGAAUCAGUUAACGGGCGUCAUUCCAAGGGAGAUCGGACUAAACCUAUCGCUAAUAUCCUUGUCUUUUGCUCACAACCUAAUCACGGGCCCGAUCCCCCCGUCAUUUGCAAACCUCGCCAACCUUCAAACUGUCGACCUCUCAUUCAACAACCUGACAGGGUCUCUACCGAAGGCCCUCGCCAACCUCGGCGCACUCCACUUGUUCGACAUCUCUCACAACCAGCUCCAGGGAGAGCUCCCCUCCAGCCUCUUCUUCAACACCAUCGACCCUUCCUCCAUCUCCGGCAACCCCUCUCUGUGCGGAGCGGCCGCCAACACCAGCUGCCCCAAAGUCCUCCCGAAGCCCAUCGUCCUCAACCCCAACUCCACGGGCCCCGCCAAUCCGAGCAGUGAUAUUCCCCCCACCUUUGCCCGUGGCAAGAAAAUCCUCAGCAUCUCUGCCCUCAUUGCCAUUGGCGCCGCUGCCUCCAUCGUCGUCGGCGUCAUCGCUGUCACUGUCCUCAAUCUCCGCGUGCAAGGCGGCGCCACCCCGCUGCCCCGUGCUGCCAUCGACUUCUCUGGUGAGGGAGGGUACGGGGGGUUCAGCCGAUCUCCGUCCAGUGCCAGCUGUGAGGAGUCGGGGAAGCUUGUCAUGUUCUCCAAGGGGCCUGGGCUUGCCACUGCUGGUCACGCGCUCCUGAGUAAGGAUCGCGAGCUCGGGCGGGGAGGGUUUGGCGCUGUCUACCGGAGUGCGCUUGGAGAUGGGCGGUGCGUGGCAGUGAAGAGGCUGGCGGUGUCGGGACUCGUCAAGUCUGAGGAAAACUUUGAGCAGGAGGUGAGGAGGCUGGGACGGGCCCGGCACAAAAACCUUGUGGCCCUGGAGGGGUACUACUGGACCCCCUCCCUCCAGCUCUUAAUCUAUGAGUUUGUCUCUGGGGGUAGCCUCUACAAAUGCCUCCACGAGAGCGGGGGGAAGACCCUCUCUUGGGACGAGAGGUUCGGAGCCAUCCUUGGGUCUGCCCGUGGGCUGGCCCACCUGCACCGGAUGGGCAUCAUCCACUACAACAUCAAAUCCAGCAACGUGUUGAUUGAUGAAAGUUCAGGGGAGGCGAAGGUGGCGGACUACGGGCUGGCCAAGCUCCUGCCGAUGCUGGACAGGUAUGUGCUGAGCAGCAAGAUUCAGAGCGCGCUGGGGUACAUGGCCCCCGAGUUUGCAUGCAAGACGGUGAAGAUAACAGACAAGUGUGACGUGUAUGGGUACGGGAUCUUGGUUCUUGAGAUGGUGACAGGUAGUAGGCCGGUUGAGUACAUGGAAGAUGAUGUGGUGCUGCUCUCAGACAUGGUUAGGGGGGCUCUGGAGGAAGGGAGGGUGGAGGAGUGUGUGGAUCCUAGGUUGGGAGGGAAGUUUCCGCCGGAGGAGGCAAUUCCGGUCAUCAAAUUAGGAUUGAUUUGUACGUCUCAGGUGCCGUCCAGCAGGCCGGAGAUGGCGGAGGCUGUCAACAUAUUGGAGCUUAUUAGGUGUCCCUCCGAAAACAAUGAUUCGUUGGGCUAA